GAAGCUCUUGGCCCCGCUUUGCCGAGGCAGACAGCCCUCUGCUCUACUUGAAUGUUCGGUAGGCUGAGCCGGUGGCCCAUCAACAUUUAAGAUGUCCACCUUCCCUCCCCUUCGUUGUGCAGGUGGGCGGGCUGCCUUCAUUAAAAAUGAUUCACGAGAUCAUCCUUCUUCUCGGCCUGCAAUUGCAUCACUCUCGGCGUCACCGCGGUCGUCAACCCCCUCAAUAGCGCUGGCUGCUUAACCUUGCGAGCUAAGCCACCCAUCAGGAAGCUUCAAGAACAUCACCUGAUAAGGACGCACUUCGUUGCCUACGACCCCGAAGGAGACCUUUUUAUUGUUCAUCGCCUCUUGAGGCCUGAAGCAUAGGGAGGAGUUGGAAAGAUGGCGGUCGAGAUACCAAAGGAGUAUGGAUUUGUCGUCCUUGUUUUCGUUUUCUAUACCUUUUUCAACUUCUGGAUGGCCUUCCAAGUAGGGAAGGCCAGGAAAAGGUACAAGGUUCCUUAUCCGACCCUCUACGCCAUUGAAUCAGAGAACAAGGACGCAAAGCUCUUCAAUUGCAUCCAGAGAGGACACCAGAAUUCCCUCGAGGUGAUGCCCGUCUUUUUCGCCCUCCUCCUGUUGGGAGGCGUCCGUUAUCCAGUUGCCGCUACCGCCUUGGGGAUUCUUUACACAGUGGGUCGCUACUUUUACUUCUCCGGUUACUCCACCGGAGUUCCCGACAACAGAUUGACGCUCGGGAGGCUCAGCUUUUUUGCUUUGUUGGGACUCAUGGUGUGCACGGUUUCAUUUGGAGUCCACCUUCUCCGCGGAUGAAGAAAGUGAAAAAGUCUUUUUAUAUCUUUCCUUUGUAGUUCCGAGUGUUUCUAGUGAGCUUAGUUCCCAGUGUUUCUAGUGAGCUUUGUUCUAUUCAAGUGCGUAACCUUACCAUAUAAUGUAAGGAUCCAAAACUGUGGUUUAUAUGAUGAAAGAUCUGGUUGUACUUUUCA